AUGCAGACCGUGGGGAUGUUGGAGCUGUGGCAGCUCUCGUGGUUGAUAGCCGCGGCCGGUGCGGUGCUCUCGUUCCGGAGUAGCUUCUGCCGGGGCUUCGUUCUGCAGGGAAAGAUGCGCACCCCCGUGGCUGUCGCGCAGCUCCCCGGACUCUCGUUGCUGCGCGUGGAGGUGCCCAAGAGCUACUGGACUUGGUUCUACCUCGUUGGAGCGCUGCACAGUAUCCUGAUGCUGGUUAUCACGGUCUUCUGGCAAGACACCGAUGCGGUUCAAUACGCCCUGCAUCUCGCACACCCGUCGGCCGACCAAGAGCUGAUCUUCAUCCAGCCACACACCAUCGCGUUCCUGACGCUGUUCUCAAUCCACACGACGAGGCGGUUCCUGGAGUCCCUCCUAAUCACGGAGUUCGGGGAUGCGAGGAUGCACGCCUGCAUUUUGUUCGUAGGCACCUACCACUACGUGGCGACGGUCCUCUCCGUUCUCUUCGACCCGGACUCGAUUGUGGCGCACGAGUUCACGAUGUUGCGUCUAUCGAUGGCGGGACUUGGUGUCGUCUUGUUCAUUGUUGCGUCCGACCACCAGUCGCGCUGCAACUACCUGCUAUCGACGCAGAAGCGCGUCAACAACAUGAGGCACGUGAUCCCUCGCGGCGACUGGUUCGAUAUCGUUCGCAGCCCGCUCUACACGACCGAGAUCAUGCUAUACGCAGCAUUUAUCUUGGUGACUGGUGGUUCGACGACGAUGCUGUACCUCGUGUCUGCCUGGGUCGUCGGGAACCAGGUGCUCCUGGCGCACAUCAGCUCCCAAUGGGUCGAGGACAAAUUCCGCGACCGCCUCGACGAGCUGCCCAAGUGGAAGCUGCUGCCCUAUGUGUGGUAG